CACACUGCUGUGAGGAGCUGGGGACAUCCAUUGCUGGGACCGGGGUUGACUUGGCUCCCUUCCCUAAUGACGUCUCCUGAACUCGGGCGUCCCCAGGCACCUCCCCACGCCUCCAUCUUCCGCACAAGCAAAGCUUUACCUCCUUCCUGCCAGAGCGCCCGAGGAAGAAGCAGGAUGGCGGAUUUGAGCCCCUACCUGCGGCAGCCCUGGCGCACAGUGCAUGGCAUUCCCAUGGUCUGUGCCUUUGCUCUGGGCUGGGAGCGGAUUGACACCUUCCAGAGCCGUCCCGAGGACAUCGUGGUGGUCACCUUCCCCAAAUCUGGCACCACCUGGCUUUGCGAGAUCGUGGACAUGAUCCUGCAAGGAGGUGACCCUGAAAAAUGCAAGCGGGACCUCAUCUUGAAUCGGGUGCCCAUGCUGGAGUUCGCCGCCCCUGGGGAAAUGCCAGCAGGCACAGAGCUGCUGGACGCCAUGGCAUCCCCUCGCAUCAUCAAGACUCACAUCCCAGCUCACAUCUUGCCCAAAUCCUUCUGGGAAAAUCGCUGCAAGAUGAUCUAUGUGGGGCGUAAUGCCAAGGAUGUGGCCGUCUCCUUCUACCACUUUGACCUGAUGAACAAGUUGCACCCCCACCCUGGGACGUGGGACCAGUACCUGGAGGAGUUCAUGGCCGGCAGAGUGGCAUUUGGUUCCUGGUACGACCAUGUCAAGGGUUACUGGGAGCGGAGGAAGGAUCACCCCAUACUCUACCUUUUCUAUGAGGACUUGAAGGAGGACCCCCGCCAGGAGAUCGCCAAGGUAGCCCAGUUCCUGGGGAAGGAGCUGCCGGAGGUAGCACUUGACACCAUCACCCGACACACCUCCUUCAAAGCCAUGCAGGACAACCCCACCACCAACUACACCAUGGUGCCCAUACACCUCAUGGAUGUGGGCAUCUCCCCCUUCAUGCGCAAAGGCACCACGGGGGACUGGAAGAACCACUUCACUGUGGCCCAGAGCGAGCGCUUUGACCAGGACUAUGUGCAGAAGAUGGCGGGGACCGACCUGUGCUUCCGAACCCAGAUCUGAGACAGCGUCACCUGGCACCCUCAGAUCCGAACUGUGCCAAUGGCACCACCGCCAUGCUGGGGGCUCCUUUCCAUCCCCUGGGACUGCUGCAUAGAAAUAAACCGUCCUCCCUGUCCCCUCUGA